UUUUCUUUGUUCGAUUUUUCAGGAGACAGAUUAAUCUUCACCAUGGCGAAGAUGACAGAAGCCGAAAUCCUGGCCAAGAUGAAGGUUCUCGAGGACCGCAUCAAAGCCCCCUCCAUUUGGGGCCGAGUGCCUUGCGGAGUCCGGUUCGAAGAUCUUCAGGACAAAUAUUAUGAAGAUACUGUGAGGCUGUUGAAGAAACAUUACUUACCUGAGGAACUGACAUACAGAUCGGUGAAGAUAACCGAGGACAAGGAGGGCGUGGACGAGUUCGUGCACAACUUGCGGAUCUGGAUGAAGGACAAGAUGUCCAUCGCGGCCGUGAAGGAGGGCACGGAGAAGCUCGUCGGCUGCCUCAUCAUGCGCAUACAGGAGAAAAGUGAGUUGCUAUACAAGUGUCCUGUCCUGAGUUGA